AGUUAGAAAGGGAGAGAGAGAGAGGGAGGGAGCGUUCUCUCCCGGUGCACUUGGCAGUUAGUUGCGGGCUGCUGUGCUGUUGCUGUCGUGGCGGUGUGGCUAGUCGCGGGGAACUUUAGCACACUGGAGCCCGAAGUCCCACUCUCUCACCUGCGCAGUUUGGAGCUGCCAUGGGUCUCGCGCCUGGAUUUACAAUCUUAAUCAUUCUGCCGGCCUUUCUUCACACGAGCGGCCUGUAUAUCGCCAGUAGCGUAGACUCCCUGCAGCAUGUCCUGGGGGAGUAUGGACUGGUGAGGCCCGUGAGCGUGGACGCAGACGGCCACUUCUUGUCCCACGCUGUGUCAGCCGGCCUGGUGGGUGCGGGGCAGUCCCGUAGGCGCUGGAGGAGAGAGGCUGGAGAGAACGGGGGAGAAGGAGAAAGAGGUGAAGAAAAAGAGGGAAUGUACGAGGAGGAGGACGGUGGGCCCCGACACAGACAGCUUUAUUACAACGUCACCGUCUUCGGCCGGGAGUUCCACCUGCGUCUGCGUCACAACGCGCGACUGGUGGCCCCCGGAGCCAAGAUGGAGUGGCAUGACGAUGACGACAGCAACGGGACAGCCACGCGCUCCGAGCCACUGCAGGGAGACUGUUUAUAUGUGGGUGAUGUCACAGACACGCCCGGAACCACCGUAGCCAUCAGCAACUGUGACGGCCUGGUGAGUUUUGGUUGUUUCGGUUACUGUAGAGUCAAUGCAAUCCACUGAACACAUUAUGACUGCUCUCCAAUGGGAACAUUUCCUGUUUCUCAGCACUGUUACAUGCUGUACUAGGGUUGUCCUUCUUUCUGCUCCUCUUUUCUAACCUGUACUAGGGUUGUCCUUCUUUCUGCUCCGCUUUUCUAACCUGUACUAGGGUUGUCCUUCUUUCUGCUCCUCUUUUCUAACCUGUACUAGGGUUGUCCUUCUUUCUGCUCCGCUUUUCUAACCUGUACUAGGGUUGUCCUUCUUUCUGCUCCUCUUUUCUAACCUGUACUAGGGUUGUCCUUCUUUCUGCUCCUCUUUUCUAACCUGUACUAGGGUUGUCCUUCUUUCUGCUCCUCUUUUCUAACCUGUACUAGGGUUGUCCUUCUUUCUGCUCCUCUUUUCUACCCUGUACUAGGGUUGUCCUUCUUUCUGCUCCUCUUUUCUACCCUGUACUAGGGUUGUCCUUCUUUCUGCUCCUCUUUUCUACCCUGUACUAGGGUUGUCCUUCUUUCUGCUCCUCUUUUCUACCCUGUACUAGGGUUGUCCUUCUUUCUGCUCCUCUUUUCUACCCUGUACUAGGGUUGUCCUUCUUUCUGCUCCUCUUUUCUAACCUGUACUAGGGUUGUCCUUCUUUCUGCUCCUCUUUUCUACCCUGUACUAGGGUUGUCCUUCUUUCUGCUCCUCUUUUCUAACCUGUACUAGGGUUGUCCUUCUUUCUGCUCCUCUUUUCUAACCUGUACUAGGGUUGUCCUUCUUUCUGCUCCUCUUUUCUAACCUGUACUAGGGUUGUCCUUCUUUCUGCUCCUCUUUUCUACCCUGUACUAGGGUUGUCCUUCUUUCUGCUCCUCUUUUCUAACCUGUACUAGGGUUGUCCUUCUUUCUGCUCCUCUUUUCUACCCUGUACUAGGGUUGUCCUUCUUUCUGCUCCUCUUUUCUAACCUGUACUAGGGUUGUCCUUCUUUCUGCUCAUCUUUUCUAACCUGUACUAGGGUUGUCCUUCUUUCUGCUCCUCUUUUCUAACCUGUACUAGGGUUGUCCUUCUUUCUGCUCCUCUUUUCUAACCUGUACUAGGGUUGUCCUUCUUUCUGCUCCUCUUUUCUAACCUGUACUAGGGUUGUCCUUCUUUCUGCUCCUCUUUUCUAACCUGUACUAGGGUUGUCCUUCUUUCUGCUCCUCUUUUCUAACCUGUACUAGGGUUGUCCUUCUUUCUGCUCCUCUUUUCUAACCUGUACUAGGGUUGUCCUUCUUUCUGCUCCUCUUUUCUAACCUGUACUAGGGUUGUCCUUCUUUCUGCUCCUCUUUUCUAACCUGUACUAGGGUUGUCCUUCUUUCUGCUCCUCUUUUCUAACCUGUACUAGGGUUGUCCUUCUUUCUGCUCCUCUUUUCUAACCUGUACUAGGGUUGUCCUUCUUUCUGCUCCUCUUUUCUAACCUGUACUAGGGUUGUCCUUCUUUCUGCUCCUCUUUUCUAACCUGUACUAGGGUUGUCCUUCUUUCUGCUCCUCUUUUCUAACCUGUACUAGGGUUGUCCUUCUUUCUGCUCCUCUUUUCUAACCUGUACUAGGGUUGUCCUUCUUUCUGCUCCGCUUUUCUAACCUGUACUAGGGUUGUCCUUCUUUCUGCUCCUCUUUUCUAACCUGUACUAGGGUUGUCCUUCUUUCUGCUCCUCUUUUCUAACCUGUACUAGGGUUGUCCUUCUUUCUGCUCCUCUUUUCUAGCCUGUACUAGGGUUGUCCUUCUUUCUGCUCCUCUUUUCUACCCUGUACUAGGGUUGUCCUUCUUUCUGCUCCUCUUUUCUACCCUGUACUAGGGUUGUCCUUCUUCCUGCUCCUCUUUUCUACCCUGUACUAGGGUUGUCCUUCUUCCUGCUCCUCUUUUCUACCCUGUACAGUAUUUGCUGAUUGGUGGAGCUUGGUCAAGCUCCGUAGUUUAUGAACAUUUAGCUCAUUUGACUGGAUGAGAUGUGCUGGUGAUGUUUCUGUUUUGUAAAUCUGUUAUGGAUUGUGCCAAGGCGUUGCUCUUAA